AUGUCCAGAUUUAUAGAGCCCCAGAGAUUCUUGCUCGAAGAAAUUGAUGCUAUUGAGCAGGCAGUCGCAACACGUCUUCGCCGAUACCCUCAUCUACUACCUAACUCUGAUACCUCAUCCCAAUCACAACGUCCUUCCAAAGAAACUUUAUUGCAAAAACAUGAACUCCGAUUCUUCUUUGAUAAGUACAAAAAACAAUGUUCUCUAUUUUUGGAAAACUACGAGAACAGAAAAGAUAUAUUUUCCAAUGAAUUGAAGUCUUUGAAUGACCCCAGUCGUGAUUUUCAGCAAUUUGAUAAUUUAUUGAAGUUUGUUAACUCUCGACAUGAAGUAGGUGAUACCGAUGAGAUUGAACCAGCAGAGGACACCAUAAGACUAUACUCAAUGUACUCGAGUGCUCUGCCUGACGAUUUAAAAUGGGUCAAACGUGGUAAAAAUAAACGUCAAAUGGUCAAGCGUAAACAAAUUCUAUCUGUUGCAGCAAGUCAUAUAAAUAUUGAUUCCCUUUUCAAUCCAAAAGAAGAAUAUGGGAAAUUCAUUGACUUAUCAGAGCUUUUCCCCUUAUAUCAGUCAUUACAAUCUCAAGAAACUCAAUCAGCUAAUCAAAUAACUUACCUCGAAUAUUUGAGUUUAUUCCUGAAAUUCCCUUACGAUAACGUCGACAACCACUCAUCGAUUUAUAAUGACUAUUUGAACAAGUUGUUGGCGUAUUUAUCAAAUUUCUAUGCCCGGGCAUAUCCGUAUGAGAACAUUUCAGAACUCUUAAAUCGAAUCUCCGAUUCUUUCGAUCCAUCAGCUAAUGAUGGCAAACCUAACGAAAAUGGUGAAGUAUACUGUAACGCUUGUGAUAAAGUGUUUACCAAGGAUUCUGUCUACAAAGGGCAUCUUGAUGGUAAGAAACAUAAGAAAAAUAUAUCCAAACAAAAACCAAUAAACCCGGCUCGUUUAUCCGAGCAUAAAAUAUCCCAAUUGGCUUUAAAGCUCUCUCCAAUCACCGAAGCUACAAUAUCAAAUCAUGAACGUAAAGCUGCUUUAACAGAACGUGAGAAAAUGCUUGAAGAUUUAUCCACUAAAGAAAAUGAUCUGGAAUAUACCACUGCAGAUGAAUCAUCUGACGAUGAAGCUAAUAAUUCUGGUUCCGAUUUUGAUUCUGACGAUGAGGAUACAAAAAGUUUACCCCUUGGUAUUGACGGUAGACCAGUUCCCCAUUGGCUUUAUAAGUUACAGGGUCUCAAUCGUACCUAUGAUUGUGAAAUAUGUGGAAAUGCUACUUAUAAAGGACCGGUUCUUUUUAACAAGCAUUUCAGCACUCCAAAGCAUCAGCAUGGUCUAAAAUGUCUCGGUGUAGAUGAAACAUGUCUACCAAUUUUCAAAAAUAUUACCAAAAUCAGUGAAGCCAUGGAAUUAUGGAAAAGAUUGAAAAGAGAAAAACGAGCCCAAACUACUGAUUUGGAAAAUGCUGUUGAAGUUGAAGAUGAUGAAGGUAACGUUAUGUCUGAAAAAGACUAUCUAGAAUUGAAAAGACAAGGUCUAUUGUAA